AUGGAUGAGAGCAGCCUGGAGCAGGCCAUCGACUACAGCGCUCAGCUUCAGCAGGUGGAGGCAGCUUUAGCCUGUGGACUCAGUUCAUCCGACCAGGCAGAUCUUCUCAAGCUGAAGGAGGACCUGGUCCAGCUCAUUGAGCUCACCGAGUCUAGCCUGGUGUCUGUCAAAAAGAGCCAGCUCUUGGCAUCACUCGAGGAUUCCACGGCGCUUUUGGCGACACCGGAUAAAACCCAGGAACGGCCUAAGGAAUUGGACGAUGAGUUCGCAGCCUUCUACUCUGAGAUUUCCGAGAGUGCACCGGAGGCAGCGCAAGACCCCAUACCAGACGAGGACGAAAAUGAGAACGAGGAAGAUAUAAGCGGCACUAAAGUCAGAGCGCCUUACUACUCAUCCUGGGGGACGCUUGAGUACCAUAACGCCAUGGUGGUGUGCUCAGAGGAGCCAGACGGAGAAGACGCUCGAGUUCGAGUGCUAUUUAUCCAUCCUACACACAAGUCCAUGAAGCCCUGCAGUUUCUUUCUGGAAGGCAAGUGCCGCUUCAUGGACGGCUGCAGGUACUCUCACGGGGAGGUGGUGCGAACGUCGGAGCUGAGAGACUUUCUUGAAGCGGAUCUUACUAACAUGCAGCAGGGAUCCUCCUGUUUAGCCAAGCACGAGGACGGCAUCUGGUAUCCUGCCAAAAUUACAGAAAUCGAGGGAGGCUUCUACACUGUGAAAUUCGACUCAUUGCUGCUGAAAGAAGCUGUCCUAGAGGCCGACUGUCUCAUCCCUCCUCUGCGGCUGGAGGAGAACUCCACUUCCUCUUCCGAUUCGGAGGAUGAUCUGGAACAGUGUGAUGCUGUCUAUGCCAAAGUUUUUGGUUCUGGUACCGAGGAGGAAGCGGUCACGGUGAACACUGCUGAGUUCUGUGGCUGGGAGGCUCACACACGUGGAAUCGGGUCCAAGCUCUUGCUGAAGAUGGGCUAUGAGUUAGGGAAAGGUUUGGGGAAGACUCUUUCAGGCCGUGUGGAGCCCGUGCAGGCCGUGGUGCUCCCAAAAGGCCGCUCGCUGGACCAGUGCGCCGAGUUAACGCUGCGCAAAACACGGGCCGCGAUCGCCAAAAACAAUCCCGCCGACUCGAGAAAAAGAAGAACGAAGCGAAAGCGGACAUCCACCUCGACAAAGUCGGACGUGUUUGACUUUCUGAACUCUAAACUUGGAGAGUCCUCUCGUUCCUCUCCGGCUCCGUCGUGCUCCGUCAGCGGUGUGGAGGCGUACCGGGGAGGAAAGAGCACCAAACGCUCGCUCAACGUUCAGCUCUUUCAGGCAAUGGAAAGGAUCAGCCAGGUGGAGAGAGAGAUCCAGAGGAUCACUGACUCGCUGAACAGGAGGAAUGGAAGGGAUGCUGCAGUUAUUAGCCAUUUGGAAGAGAAGCUCUCGGCAUUGCGUGAUGUGCUGCAGCAGCUGAAGGCUCAGGAGCAGACGAUCCAGAGGGCUCAGACGAAAGCAGAUACGCAUAAGAAAAUGACGGAAUUUUGACCCCCUGAGCUCAUUUUUAAGUUGGAAAACAACUGUUUUGAAGUGUCAAUUUUUGUUCUGUACAAAAAAAAACAAAAAACGUUUUUGUCCUUACGAUACACUUUUAUUUUGAGUAUUUCCUAGCGCCUUCAUAUACACAAAAACGAUGUUUUGACGGUUGAUGACUUGCUCAUUAAUGCUUUUAAUUGCAUUUUUGAACCUGUUCACUGCACUCUGUUUACUCAUGCAGCUGUUUGAUUAGCAGGAGCAGGUUAAUCAGAUUACUGACAAAAUACAAAGAAUAAAUACACACACUUUUUUUUAGGUGAAGUGGUCCAGAAUGUGGAUUAUAAAAAAGAUAUAAUUCCCUCUUGAAAAUAAAUCUACUUUUUGUGUUUUGUGUGCGCUAAAAUAAAAACAGUUUCAGGUUUUGUUUAAGAAGA